AUGUCGGACGCCACCCUCUUCCUCCGCAAAAACAAAGACAAGCAGCGACGGCGCAAUGCCUCGGGCGUAAACCGCGUGGCCAGCUCCUCCAGCGUCCCCGGCCUCGCCUCGCGACCCAAACCCUCAUCCCUCCCAGCCUCCUCUUCCGCCGCCUCCUCCCCAUCAGUAAAGCCAGACCCCACCCCCGAUGUGAAACCAGACAUUACAGAGAUCAGGAUCAUGUCUACAUCCCCCAACAAUCCGCUCCGAUUCAACCUCAUGCGUCUGAAUCAUUCUAAAACGAUAGACCCUGCCGAUAUAACUCAGCCUAUCCUGAUGAACAGGAAGAAGCCUGGUCCUCCCGAACCGCCUAUAUACUCUCUAGAUGCUGAAGGACGAAUAAAUGGGAGAUACCUGUACGACGAAGCUGGAAAGCCGGUGCUGGACGAGGAUGGAAAACACAUGGUGGAUAAGAAGGAGACGAUCGAUAUGUCUCUUGUCGGCCAAGCUCCCAGCGAUGCCUCUGGGAGUAAGCGGAAGCGUACCAAGAGGGGCACCAAGGAAGUCUUCCACCAAGACAUUGAUAUCAUGCGUCUUCGUCGGGAGGAAGCGCUUCCUUGGGUUUUGGAAAGCGCCAAUCCACAGGAAAGGCCGCCCCAGCCGGAACAAUGGACUGGUAGGAUGGUCGAGCAAGGUGCACUCGGCCAAGUGUUGCUCUUUAAUGACGGCACUGGAGAUGGAUUUGAACUCAUCCCUGCGGGGAGAACGUACAAGUUUGAGCCAGAGAGGCCUUUCAAGCCUCUGGACGCCGAUGCUGCAAACAAAUUGUUUGAGCUGCAGGCAAAGCAUAAGAUCCAUGACAGAUGGGCUCUUCGACCGGCAGAUGGUGCCUCCGGCUCGGCUCCCGCUCCUACCAAGGUGAAGGCUGAGCACAAAGAGCUGGAGAACAGAGCGCAGAGGUUGGAAAGUAGGAUUCAGCUACUGCGAGGAUCUACUGUGGAUAGAAAGCCCAAGGUGGAAAAGUAUGAGGAUGACUUUAAGCGUGAAGGACAUCGUGUCGGUGGAAGUAAUCUUGAAGGAGGCGUCGGCGAAGAGCUGGACUUUGACGAAGCCGAGGAAUUUCAAGAUGAUGACGAUAACAACACCUUUUACAACGAUGCUCGUGAACAGGAAGAAGCUCGCGAGCUCGAGGAACGUCUCAAGAAGGAAUUCCGACUCGCCAACGCCAAUGUCGGCGAUCGACCUCAGAUUGCAAACGACGAUGAAGAUGAGGAUGAUUUGUUCGGGGACAACAAUUUGGAUGAUGAAGGCAAGAAGCUUAGAAAGAUAAUGAGGAAGAGGAUGAGAGAGAACGGGGAGGAUUACGACAUGGACGAAGAUUCGGACUCUGACUCUGACGACGAAUCAGUCGAAGAGAAGAAGGAAGAGAAGAAGGAAAAGGAGAAGGAGACAGAAGCCCCCAAAACGUCCUCUGAACCUUCGUCUCGCCCCACGUCCCGUCCCCCCACGGCUCGCACCGCAUCCCCAUCUUCCAACUCCAAUGCACACCGCUUCCCCAGCCCAAAGAAAGGCAAGGCUUCCACCGCCCCUCCCGGCUCUGGCGCCUCUCUUCUUGCUCAACGCGCUGCCUCCCGAGGUGCUUCACCACGUCCUGGGUCGCACGGUUCAGCCGCUGGUCAGGCCACGAGUCCCCUUGGUAGAGCUAGCAGCCCUGGGUCUGGUAGCUCUCCGGGUUCAAGAGCCACGAGCCCUGUCGUGCGCGGGAGCAGCCCGGCUUCGGGCGCCAAUACAGGUCGAGGCGGCAGUCCUGCUUCAGGAUCAGCCUCCAGAGAGGCCUCACCAGCUUCUACUUCGGGACCCCAGCCCAAACGCAACCCUUCUCCCACCAAGAACCCUUCUGCUCCUGGCACCCCUUCCAAACGAAAAUCCUCUCCGGGCGCCUCCGACUCUCGACCCAAGCCACCCAAGAAGAGCAAAAAGUCGUCGUCCACUACCCCCGUCCCUCAGCCUACCGAUAUCCCUCCUUUCCCGGGUAUGAUUACCAAAGAGGACGUGUUGAGCUGGUUCAGGGGUAAUCAGAAGCAGGCGAUCCCGAUGAAUGAGGCGAUUGGGGCGUUUAGGAAGAGGAUCGUGGGUGCGGGGCCGAAUAGGGAUGCCAACCAGAAGCUGUUUUUGGGGUGGAUCAGGCAGCUUGCGGAUCAGGAGCAGGGGAAUCUGAGGCUUAAAGCCGAGUACAGGGUUUGA